UCAGCCAUCUUUUUGUCUGAAAGUUUUGAAGUUGGACCAGGAAAAGUUGCAACGAAAACACUUUUAGAUAUUGCUUUUUCGAGAGGUCAUAUUGGAAUCAAGAGUUUUGAUGCUGAAGUGGUUGAUGGAAAUGGUAACUCUGUACCUUUGUAUGAAACUUACCUCCAUCACUGGUUUGCUAUAAAAUACAUUGAAAACGUUACCAUGUCACACUAUAUUGAACAAACUCAUGACCUUCUUAACGGUAUCGAAUACGAAAGAAAUGAUGGUCCAUGUCAAACGUUUUUACUUCCACAUUAUUGGGGGUUGGGAGGAGAAUCACGAGGAACACCCUCAAAUCUUCCAUAUCCUUUUGCACUUGAAUUAGGUAAUCCAAAAGAUAUAAAACAUGGAUUUAAAGAAAAGUGGUUGUUUAACAUCAUG